AUGCAGGUACCUCGUGCUGACUGUGACACGCAGUCACUGACGGCCAGUGUAACUGAUUAUCCCGUUGAAAAUGGAAGACGGUAUCAUAAGUACCACGAGGGAGCCUACAUAUACCCCAAUGACGAACAAGAAUUGGAUCGUCUAGACAUGCAGCACCACAUGUUCAAAAUGGUCAUGGAUGACAGACUGUUCCAUGUCCCUCUCAUGAACCCAAAACGAAUUCUCGAUCUCGGCACCGGAUCAGGGAUCUGGCCAAUAGAAAUGGCGUCCCUAUUCCCAAACACCGAGAUUAUAGGGACAGAUCUCUCCCCAGUACAACCAACAGAAGUUCCACCAAAUGUCCAUUUCCUCAUUGAUGAUGCCACCGAGGAUGAGUGGUUAUGGGAUGCCAACCACUUCGACUUUGUUCACAUCGGCCACAUGACAGGGGCAAUGCCUUCAUUCAAACGCGUAUUGCGACAAACAUUCAAACACCUCAAGCCAGGUGCAUAUUUGGAAUGUCACGAAUUAGAUCCAAAGCCAAGAUGCGACGAUAAAACUAUGCCUCCCGAGAACGAAGACGGAGGAUAUAGCGCAUUCGCAUUCCAUGAUUGGAUUGAUUUGAAUAUGCGAUCAAGUCGAGAAUCCGAUCCCCCGAGACAAUUUCGAAUCGCACAUCGGAUCGAACAAUGGAUGAGGGAUGUAGGGUUUGUUGAUGUUGAACAAAGAGUAUCAAAAAUCCCUAUGAAUACCUGGCCACAAGACGACAAAAUUCGGACUAUUGGCGCCUGGAGCGAAAGUAAUUGGCUCGAAGCCCUGUCUGGGUGGUCAUAUAAGCCGUUCCUUGCCCUUGGAUGGUCGAAACCCGAGAUCGAAGUCUUUCUUGUCGACGUGAGGAAAAGUAUCCAAGAUCGAAAUGUCCAUGCCUAUACGGACUUUUACGUGGUGACGGGGAGAAAACCCCAUCCCAAUGAAGUGAGGACUCCUUGA